AUGGCAGCCGUGCAGUGUGAACUGGCUUGUGACGCAGGCUGCGACCUGGGAGAGUCGCCGAUUUGGGAUGCCGCGACGAGCACGCUGUACUUUGUGGACAUCAACAGCAAGCGCAUUCACUCCUACAGCCCCGCUUCAGGCGCCCACCGCACCAUCCAGCUGGAGCAGCCUAUCGGCACUGUUGUGCCCACCUCCAACCCAAACAUCCUGCUGGCGGCGCUGGAGGCAAGCUGCCUGCCUAGCCUGGCUGACUGUCUGGAUGCCUGGCUGGCUCGAGACAUAGUGGAGGUGGAUGUGGCGGCCGGCACCACAGGGCGCGUGCUGGCAACCACCCCAGAGGAGCACGGCGUGGACGGCAUGCGCUUCAACGACGGCAAGGUGUCGCCGCAGGGCACGCUGCUGGUGGGGCGCAUGCACUGCAAGUGGCGGGACGGCCAGCGUGGGCGCCUGUACCGCCUGGACCCCGGCUCCAGCCAGCUGGUGGAGGUGCUGCGCCCGGAAGAGGUGCACCUGCCCAACGGCAUGGCCUGGGACGAGGCCAAGGGGGUUGUGUUUUAUGUGGACUCUGGGGCAGAGACCAUCGUUGAGUGCCAGACUGACGGGCAGGGGGUGAUGCGGAGGGGCGAGGACGGCAGCCUGCUGGCCCGCACCGUGUCGCAUGCGCCCACUCAGCACAAGCACGUGCCUGACGGAAUGGCCAUUGACACCGAUGGGAACCUGUGGGUUGCGCUGGGGGAGAGUGGCAGCGUGGUGUGCUACGAUGCGCAGACAGGCAAGGAGCUGCGGCUGGUGGGGCUGCCGGUGAAGCGUCCCACCGCAUGCACCUUUGGCGGCGAGCAGCUGGAGCACUUGUAUGUGACGACGCGCGUGGAGUCAGGGAAGGCCGCCUCUCCGCACCACGGCGGUCUGUUCCGCCUGACCAUCCCUGGCGUCAAGGGCGUGGCGGCGGCGUACCCCUUCCCGCUGUGA